AAUGGAGUAAGGUGGUACGACCGAUUGUUAGAGGCGUCAUUGGAAACGUCGUUUUAAUAAUAACUUAGUACGGUAUUUAUGUGUCAAUAAAAUUCUGAAAAAACGAUACAUACUUGGUAAACUUCUAGCCAGCGAACGAAACACAUUUAUAGAAUAUGAGACGCAAAAGUGAAAGAAACAAAGCAAAAGCAGGGUCUCCAGAGAAAGAGGUUGAACGAGUAACACGAAAGUCAACUCGAAAAAGUGCGAAACAAGCAUCUUCAACAUCCUUAGAGCAAGAGAAUGCUGAGGAAACAACAAAAAGUUUGAGCAAUAAAAUCACGGAAAAAAAAUCAGCACACAUACAGAAAAAGGAAGUGGAACAAUUAGAAGAACAAAAUGAAAAGGUUUUGUCUAUUGAAGCAGAUGUUAAGACCAAAUCGCAAGAAGAUGAAGAAGACAACAAUUCUGGAUCAAUCUGGAAAGUGUCAAGAUCCGAUGCAUCACCUGGCGAGAUACAGAGAUUAAAAUUAUCUAGACAGCAUAACACAACAGAAGGGUUAUCUGAUACUUCUUUAAAUAGGAAAAAAUCGAACAAGUGGCAGGAAAGUGGUGAGGGAGUUGCAGAGGAGGUUGACUCGGCAGACAAGCAACUGGUUUCUUCUACAAGAGUACCCAGUAGCACUGAACAGCCGAACGAUCCCUCCUCUUCAUACCCAGGUCAGGACUCCAACGAAGAGGUAAGUGAUAGCAAGGAGAUCCUGCCUGAAACCACUUCAGCCAACUUGUCUGACGAUAAACCAAACAUAGAUCAGCAAGGUGAAUCAAAUGAGGCAAAUUACUCCAACGAAAACGCUGAUAGUAAACCCAUUAAGUCGACUAGUACAACUAUAUUGGCUCCUAGUUCAAAUGGUAAUCAUUCAUCCGAGGAGACAAACAUUAUGCCCAAGGAAGAAAAAUCUGUGGAAGAUACUAGUGAAAAGACAGUGGAAGCAUUUAAUAAAGAAACUAGCGUUGAAAACACUCAAAGAGAUUCAAGCAGUGACGAGGAAGAAGAUAAAAAGGAAAAAGUUCGUGAGCUAAAUUCAUCAUCUGAAUCAAAUGAUGAAAUUCAUACUAAGAGUAAUAGAACUGGUGGCAGGAUACAAAGUGCCAGUCGCAGAAAACAUCGAACUAAAUAUCGAGAUUCAUCUAAUUCUGAUACACCAGAUUCUGAGGAUGAACCUUCUAUUAAAAGAGAUCUUGAAAUUGAUGUAUGUAUGCAAGAAGAGAAAAUAAGUACAGAGGAUUCCCACGAACAGAAAGAUCAUACUGAGUCACCAAAAGUAAGGAAUAAUUUUUUAUUAAAUAACAUGGAAAUGGAAAUAGAACAUUGUGAAGCAAAUAAACAGAAGUUAGACAAUCUGGUUGAUAAAUCGGAAUAUACUGUAUCGGCAACAACUCAAUUGGUGACUUACAAACCAGUGAAAGUAAAUUUAAAAAGAUCAUUUUCUUCGAGAAUGUUAACAGAAAAGAAUGAUGUUAAAAAAGAAGAUACUGAUGCAAAUGCAAAUAAUGAAGCAAGUGCUCCAAAUAAGGAAAAUCACGACAGCACCGAACCAGAUUCCAAAUGUAUUCCAAGAAAGCGUCGAUGGGGUACUGCAUUAUCUACUGACACCGCACCUUCGUUUUCAAUUUCUACGGAUUCACUUAAAGCGUUGGUGCCAGGAGCAAGACCAUUGUCGAUAAAUGAGGUUCGUCUUUCAAAAGAUGACGAUGAAGACAGGGAUCGUUAUCGAGUUAGCGAAAAGUGGCACAAUUCUAAUGAAGGAAUAAACGAUAAUAAAUCCGGUGACGAAAACAUCAUGCAAAAGAAUGGUGCAACAAAAAAGGGAGACCCAAAAAUAGAUAAUCAUAUAGCAGCAAGACGUAAGAUAUCGAUUGUUAAAGAAGUGCCACAUGUGAAAUCUCCAAGUCCACCUGCUACAAAGCCCACAAAUAUCCUUCUGAUCAAAAACUUGGUUCGUCCGUUCACUUUGAAUCAAAUUAAAGAACUUCUGUCGCGUACUGGCACAAUUGUCGAAAAUGGAUUUUGGAUGGAUCGAAUUAAAUCCAAGUGUUUUGUAGAGUAUGCUAACGAAGACCAGGCAUUUGAGACGAGGCAAGCGUUACAUGGUAUAUCCUGGCCAGUUUCAAACCCAAAGAGGCUUCAUGUUGAGUAUGCAACCAAAGAUGACAUGGAAUUAGCACGCGAAUUAUCAAAGGAUCAGUCCAUCCCAAGAAAAACCGAACCUCUCGUACCGUCCGAUUCAUGGCAGCAGGAUUGGAAUCGCGAAGAAAGAACGAAUACAAAGGUGAUGGUAGUUCGAGAAUGGGAUCUUGGUAAAGAAGAUGGACAGCAGCAUAUAAAAGAAAAAGAACGUGAAAAGAAAGAACAUGAUAAAAAGAGGCGUCAGAGGAGUCGGAGUCCUGCAGUGGAAGCACACCUUCCAGCUCCAGCUCGUAAAUUUAAAAAGAAAGAAGAUGAGCCACCACCGGCUAAGCUUUUAGAUGAUCUCUUUAGAAAAACGAAAGCAACGCCAUGCAUAUACUGGUUACCACUCACAAAUGAACAGAUAGUCGUAAAAGAAGAAAUGAGAAGGCAACACAUGGCAGAACAUGCACGCAGAUUAGAAGAGAUGAGACGCGCUGAAAGAAACAACAGGGACGGUCGUCGCCGUCGCAGCCCAAGAAAAUAGUUCUCUGAUCGACCACUUUCUAUAAACGUCGACAUUAACUAUCCAACAGAGCGCUGUAACUGUAGAACGAACGGUAGUGUUUGCAUCGUCUAGGAGUGAUGCAUCACGUUCUACGAUACGUCGUAGUGCGAUAUCGCAAAACGUGCCCUGGGGAAUCGAAGGAUAAUCAAACGAAAAAAACUAUCUGCAUAGAGAAAAAACGCUCGGAACGAAUUUAGUAUUCGUUAUCGUUGAAAAACGCUAUUUGUUUUCUUACGAGAAAAUAAAAAACGAAACGAAACAAAAAAAAUAUUAAUGCUGGGGCGAGAUGCUGAAAACAGCAGCGAACAAAAAAGCCCAAAAUAAGGAUGCUGAGAGACUGUGGUUCAUUAAUAUGAAGUCGUCCUAAAGCGUCAAUGGGAGUGUUUUCUCUCCCCGGAAUCUAUCCCUCUUUUCGUCUCUGUCGAUAGAAUAGCCUGACUUCUUUGAAUUUUGACAUGUACUGCCACAUAGAUAGUGGUAGUAAAAUGUAAAGUUUUAGUGUUUCUCGUUUUCGCGCAAUGAAUUUGCACAGCCAGAAACACGUUUGUAUAUAAAGCAUAAUUCAAUACGCCGUGAUAUGACAUGUAAAAUUAUGAAUAAAUGUAAAACAUUGUAGGUUAUAUACGAAAAGUAUAUCUACCGCUUACUUUGUACAAUGUCAUACCAUAUUUAGAAGAUUUGUUAUUCACCCUUGAAAUAAGAUCGAAAGAUUUACGAAGAAGAAGCGAAAGAAAAAAAAUACAUACAUUUUAGAACGAAAAAUGAAUUGUUCGUUAUAUUUAUUUCAUCGUUAUAAUAUAUAUUUUUUGUCUGAUUCGAACAAAAAAUGUAAUUGAGAAGGAAACCAACGAGGAAAAAACAAUAUUAUUAACAAAAAAUAACUCGAACAUGGCGAUAAAUGUUUGAAAUGUUUGCAACAGGGAAAACAAAUGUUUACGUAAACUUAUUCGAUCUUUAUUUAUAUUAAAAUCGUUAACGCUAACGUUGUAAUUGCUUCAAUUUACAAAAAUCGUGAAUUACAGAAUGUGCAUGUCAGCUAUUAAUUAAAAUAUUUCACAAUCACAAAUACUAUGAAUAGAAAGAAUAAAAGAAAACUGGAAUUUCAA